UUCUUCUACAAUUAAAACACAUAAACCGAUUUAUAUAUUCGAUCUUCAAUUUGGUUUUCUUGCGUUCGGAUUCUAUAAGGCCAUGUCUGUGUGAAAGCAAAUUCAUUACAUUCUUCAUUGAAAAUCUUUCAUUAUUUGUCCUUGAGUGAAUCCCCAGAUUGGGACAAUAACAUUCUCAAAAACCCAAUUACUUAAAGCCCACGGUUUAAGAUAUGGAUAGAGAGAGCGUAUUGGAGGCAAUUUAUGAAGACGAUUUUUCAGGCAAUGCGAGUUUUCUCUCAGACGUUGAAAUGGCGGAUGCUUCUGAAGAUGAUCACAUCGAGGAUGGAAAGCUUAAGAGUUUUGGGGGAUUUGAUUUUCAGGAAAAUUUACCAGAGAACACUUCGGAGAAAACCAUAGGCAGUUCAGUUCAUGAUAAUAAGGGCAGACCUCAUAAUAAGAAAAAGUACAGGAAAAACAGGAACAAUGCCAAGACCAUUGGCAACAUUAACAGGUUUGUUAUUGACACGUGUCGGCAGCUAAAAGAGCCAAAGUCCUAUCUUGUUUGGGAAGCAAUUAGGAAACUUGGUGUUUCUGUUGUAAAAGAUUUUGUAGAGGAGGUGAUCGCUAUUGAGUGUCGUGGAGGAGAAAUGACAGCUGACGGUAAGCGUCGCCGCACACCUGGAGGUAUCCUGUGGAAUAUCUUGAAAUUGCAAGAGCCAGAAGCAUAUAAGGAAAUAAUGCUGAAAGGCAAGGACUUUGAGAAGGAACUUAGAAAAGAAAAUAAUAAGCGGUACGGUCCAGAAGCGGCCGGACAACAAAACAGCAAACGAUAUAGAAUAGGUUCAGAUAAUCUGGGCAGAAAUGGUGGAGCUCAAGUCACCGAGAGUAUGCAUAGGCAUUUCUAUGAACCAUGCAAGGACACGCAGUCUGAGAAUGGUCUGCAAGAAAAAUCUUUGCAAGAUCCUAUGGUUAAGGCGUGGGUAGAUGGCAUAAGAACAGGUAACAAAACCUGUGGAAAUCGCUGCAGGGAUGACAUUCGUCCACGGACCAUACUUUCAGAGAAGGUGAAAUUACCUGUCAAAGAUAGGAUCCGCGUACCUGUAGGUUAUGAUGAUUUAGUUGAUUAAACAUAGUGAAGUUACGAAACUGGACAAUGGGCAUUUGGAGAGAGCUAUAUUAUUAUAGUUGCAUACAGUAAUGAGAAUUUUUUUGAGGUGGCCCAUGAAAUAAUUUUUGUGCCUCAACUGUUGUUGCCAAUUGCUUUCCAAUAAUUUUUUUCAGCUUCUACUUCCUGGCAUUUCAGGGAAAUGCUGGAAGGCAAAGUGUGUGCUGAUUUAAAGUACCUACUUUAUUUACUCAAAUGGGAAAGCACAAUGUAAAACUAGGAUAAAUAUCAUAUUAAUUAUGCCCAAGGUAUCCCCUGUGAACUUAAAAUUAAUAGUUCAAAUUUGAGAAGAAAGAUGCAGGAGUAUAGAAUUCUCUACUCUUA